AUGAUUGCUAGGCUCCGCCCUUCAGCACAACGUGCUUUGUGUGAGAAUGCUCAUGUGUCGGACACGGACAACUUCUUAUUGUCUGAGCGCGUGAAAUCGAUGCUAUCGAAGGACGUGAUUAUCAUGAUUGGAUCCGAGCGAAAUCCAUCCUGUGUUUUGCCUCAUCUCCCUCAUGAAGUCAAAAAGCAACAUACUUAUAAGUACCUCGGCACAACAUACUCGUUUACGUUGACACGUUUUAAAAAGAUGGCCCCGUGCACAAUGGAAUAUGCGUACGAUGUUGAGAAGAAACCCAAAGGAAAACCUGUGGAAAAGCGUUCUCUGAAGGUUUAUUACUAUCGAUGGGACAAGAGACGACUGCCGGUGGAGUUCGACGAAAUUUUACAAUUGGCAAUGCUGUAUAAACCUGAAAAAACGCUAUGUGUUAGUGAACGAAGAAAAGAAGUGUUCUCUCUGAUACACAUGCUUCACACGUAUUGCCACACACUACAGGACAACAUCGGCUUGGUGGAUGCUCUGCAGCUCCAUACUGAAAAAUGCAAUGGCAGCGUUCUGGAUCGAGAUGAAUUAGUCUACGUAAUGGCAGUGAUCAUGGAAUGGGCAUAUCAGUCACGCAGUAUCCCUUCAAACCUGAAAAAGGUUGGUGUGAAUGUUUUCGCUCAAGUGGAAUAA